AUGCGCCGACUGUACGAGACAAGUGGUUCGCGUUGGGCUUGGGAAGCCAGUCUGCGUCCGUCGUUUGCCGAGGUUCAUGCAGAAUUGGAACAGAUGUACACUACGAUGAACAUUGAAGCAGAAGUCGCUCGGGAACUGGAAAAGCGCCAGGCCGCAUUUUCAACUGCGUCUCCUAGCGGUCAACCGACCCGUGGACCAUCAGAAACAAUGGGAGAUCCUGCUUGUUCUGGUCGAUUUGUCGAUGUUCGACGCGCAGGUUCCAUGUCAUCUCAAGGUUUCUCUGUGCCUUUAGAUUCGAGUGGAGUCGCUGUGCCAACCCCUAGAUGGUUACACGCCGCAGAGACUGCCCAUCAUCCUCCCCGAAUCGGUCAUCCUUCCGGGUUACCUAACCGUGUGGUGCACGAAGGAGUCAUACGUUCCGAAGUUGAGGAUGACGAUGAUAUUCAGGAGGAUGAGGGUGAUGAGGAUGAAGAUGAGGAGGGUGAAUUUGAAGACAGUGAUGAAGAGGAUCCCCGGGACCGAUGGCGUCAGCGAACAAAUGUCAUGAGGCGAUCAGCUGGUCAGGUGACUCACUCUUCUGAGUCGUCGCAGCCUGUUGUUGUUGUCGGUGCACGGUCGAAAUUCUCAAUAAACGAGGCAUCCAAUGCAGUGGAGGGUGAUUCUUCUGCUCACGUGGUGGAUCAGUUGCGCAAUCAAAUGCAAGCCACGUCAAUGACACCGCGUGAAGGAUUCCACGUUUGUUCCAAUGCCAAAUCAGGUCGCCGGGAUCCCAGCUCAUCUCAGACGCGGGUGUUUGCCAGUCAGUCCCCUAUUCCGAUCACACAGGGACAACGCUACUACACUCCGCCACCGAAUGUUAGUAACCUGUCAGCUGUUCAGUCCCAUCGCGAACCGAUUCCAGACGAUCUGAUGGCUGCUGGUGCGUCUGCCUCAAAGCAGCGUUCCAUUGCGACGACUGCAGCCGGAUCGAGUCACAGCAUGAAUUCUGCUGGAUUCAGUCGUGACAAGGGAGACCGUCCAACUAAUACACGUCCCGGUCGUUCCCGUGUUUGCCGAACUCGGGGAGCGUCUGCUACCCAUUCAUCCGCUACUCAAAAUCAUCCACUAAAUGGAACUACGCGCAGUCGUGACACGGACACACCCGAUGAAAGUGGAGUCGGAGAGUCAAUCAUCUCGAACGACUCGCCGGCAGACAGUGGUGGUGGUGUUAUCGGUUCAGCCCCGCCAAAUGUGCCGACAUCGGACACUCGUGCAAUGGCUCUUUCAGCGUCAUGUAAAACAGUGGACAAUCCAUCGGCACCCAAUGCAUUCGUUCAAGCGAAAAACUCAUAUCCCGCUAACCUGGUCAGCCAGUCAUCCGUUCCCGCAGGUCUCCCGUCACAUGGAACUUUUCAACCAUCUCCAAGUGCUACUGGUAUCACCACCAGUUCCGUUUCUGCUAUUUCCACUCAAGCCACUACCCGAACUGUUUCACAGCCCGCACUCCGUCUAGAUGCUGAGGCAAUGGAUCAGUUUGCCACAUUACCACCUCAGGAUCGCAUUGGUCGCUAUUUGGAAAGCCUAAAUGAGAUCGGGUCAACUGUCAAUUCAACCCCCUCAACUCAAGCCCAGCCGCGAUUGCAUCUUCCUCGUGAUAUUGGUGAACAACCAUUGAACACGAAUUCGUUGUUCUUUCUACAGUAUCCACCCCCACCUCCACCUCCGUUGCCUGAACACAAUGCUCCUGUCUCAUUGUCUGCAUCACAGGCGCUGCAUGAAAAAGAAUUUCCCUCAGAUUCAAACCCGAUGAUCGCCAGUUACCUCAGUGAGACACAACCAAUCUUGGAAACAUCUAGCUUUAGCGCGAUUCGUUCUCAAAACCAUGAGCCCGGUGCACGUAUAGCGGAUUCAACACACGGCUAUCCUGGCGGAGAUGGUCAUUCCGUUUGUGUAGGAUGUAAUAACACCGGAAACACUAGUAACUGUUUCACAAAAGAUGGAUUUGCUGGUUCAAAACAUCAUCGUAUCGGAAAUAGUAAUCUACCUCGUCAACGUCGUCACCCCAAAGAUGGCCAUGAUUCUGAUGCCGAGGAUCGUCGUCCAGAUUCACUAGAGCGCUCCGGAGAGGAGUCCAACACGGAAGAAGUGACGCGAUCCGGUGAGGAAGAGACACUGUCACUAGCUUCAGAAUCCCCCUCUCCAAACGGUGGUGACCGUGACCCGAUACACCAAGCUUUGGAAUCGACCGGUACUGAUUUGCACAGCGAGGAACACGACACGGAAGUAGACGAUGUUUAUCAAGCUCCUGAAGCGUGCUACUCAAUGAUUGCUGCCAGUUGCGGGGCGGGUGUCACACCUGCAGCCGGCGUUAUGCAUGGUAAUGACAAUUUGCCAAAGUCCCUAUCUGCGUUGAUUUCACGAUUGGAACUUCUCAUUCGUGAUUUAGUUCAGCUCACACAUUCUGGCUUCGACUCGGCUACCGGUGAAACUGGUCCCGAUUUAGCUUUGUUGCAAAUGACAGAUACACUAGACGCCUUUCGGGCAGAGGUGGAGGCAUAUGUUGUCUGUCGGGAAAGAAAUCUGGAUGGUUUACCCACGACCGUACUACACGCAUGUGAUACUCUUGGCCGACAAACAAGCCUGCUUGCAUUUGAACUUGGUGGAGCAGAUGUAUCCAUCUCUGUCGACACCAGUGACUCAGUUUCCCGACGGCGUUCAGACAUUCCCUGGUCUAGUUUACGCUCAUCUGUUUUGCCUGCCCUGGAAGAUCUACUCAAGCACCUCGUCCGGCUGAGUGAUGUUGAAUCAACCGGAUCACGAUCGGAGAUCAGUGUCCAUGACACUCCC